AUGCCCCAGCUCACCUCCUGUUGUGGUCCAGUCAUGGAAAGCUGCAAGUCCUUCUCUGAAAAGCACCAUAGGCAUCUGCACAUGGAAAAAGAACCAUAUGUCACUACGAAGGUCUUCAGUCAUACGCACAAAAGGAGGGAAAUCAUUUCCCGUUUUUCUGUACUCUAUGUUGAAACUCAAGCUACCUCUCCAGUUGCCUUCUCAAGAAAUCUAAUACAGAACAGAACAAAUCUCACUGCCAACACGAUCUUCAUUCUUCUGGGAUUCAGUGAUCAUCCAGAGCUUCGGGUUCUUCUCUUCCUGGCUUUCCUCAUAAUCUACAUCCUCACUGUGUCUGGCAAUCUGAUCAUUGUUGUGCUGGUUGUCAAUGAUGUGCAUCUCCACACCCCCAUGUAUUUCUUCCUAGGGAACCUGUCAUGCUUGGAGAUCUGCUACACGUCCACCAUUUUGCCCAGAUUGCUCUUCAGUCUACUGACAGGGGAUAGAACCAUUUCAGUGCAUGGCUGCAUGAAACAAUACCUUUUCUUUGUCGCCUUAGCAGUUGCGGAGUGUUAUCUCUUAGCUGCGAUGUCAUACGAUCGAUACUUAGCCAUAUUAAAACCACUGAGGUACACAUCUCUCAUGAAUAGCAGAGUCUGCCUUUGGCUUAUUACCAUCUCUUGGAUGACUGGGCUGCUCAAUGUCAGUAUAGUCACGUCGCUGCUGUGGCACUUAAUGUUUUGCGGUCCCAACGAAAUUGAGCAUUUCUUCUGUGACUUAGCCCCUGUGUUAAAGCUUUCGUGCAGCAACACUGACAUAGCAGAACUCAUAAUUUUCAUUUUUUCCUCCAUAAACACUGUCCUCCCCUUCCUACUUACCGUGAUCUCGUAUAUGAAUAUUAUCAUCACCAUCUUCCGAAUGAAGACCAAGGCUUCCAGGCGGAAAGCCUUCUCCACUUGUUCUUCCCACCUCACUGUCGUGAUUCUUUUCUACGGGUCUCUGAUUUGUGUCUAUGUACUUCCGGAAACUACCAUGCUGAAGGGGCUUCAUAGAACCUUCUCCCUAUUUUACACGGUCUUCACUCCGAUGCUUAACCCUCUUAUAUACAGUCUGAGGAACAGAGAAGUCAAGGCCGCUUUCUUUCGAACUGCCACUAAAAUAAUCAACAUUGCAUACAUCUUUCCUUAA